AUGAGCAGCUACGAGCUGCCCGGGCUUGGGCGCCCGCGGCGCUCGUCGGCCGGCAGUGAGGAGAGCAUGUCGACGGUACGCGAGCAGGAACAGGAGCUGGGCAGCAUGUAUGAUUACCUGGCCAAGGUGAUUCUGCUUGGGCCAAGCGGUACGGGAAAGUCUUGCUUACUGCACCGGUUUGUCAAGAAUGAGUGGAGGGUCCUCUCGUCACAAACCAUUGGCGUCGAGUUCGCAAGCAAGAUAAUCAAAGUCGGUACGGGGGCAAGAAGGAAACGGAUCAAGCUCCAGCUCUGGGAUACAGCCGGCACAGAACGUUUCCGCUCCGUCUCCCGCUCGUACUACCGCGGCGCCGCAGGCGCUGUCCUCAUCUACGACAUCACCUCACGCCUUUCUUUCAAUAAUCUCCAACCGUUCCUCAACGAUGCCCGCGCGCUCGCCUCACCGAAUCUUUCCAUCGUCCUAGUCGGCAACAAACUCGACCUCGCCGACUCCCCUCAUCCGCCUGGCCUUAACAUAGGCAUGAGUAUACCCCCGCCGACACCCUCUACCGUCAGCCUCGCGAGCUCCUACACCAGCGCUAACACCGCUAUCCCACCCUCCUCAUCCGGCGCCUCGUAUUCUUCCUCCGUAGCGUCAACCAUCCAUCCACACAGCCAUUCCACACACAACAGUAGCCUAGGAAGCGGCAGCACAACCACCGCAACCGCCGGCGGCGGUCCGGGCCAAUGGCGUGCAACGGUCGCCCCCGACGGGCGCGAAGUCUCCGCCGUCGAAGCCGCCCGCUGGGCCAGCACAGUUGGCAUCCCCGUAACAAUGGAGGUCUCGGCCUUCAGCGGCGAAGGCGUCGAUGAGGUGUUUGGCCGGCUUGCGAGGAUGAUUCUCGCCAAGAUCGAGCUGGGCGAGAUCGAUCCUGACGAUCCGAUGAGUGGUAUCCAGUAUGGCGAUGCGCCGGCUGUGUGGGGAGGGAUGAGUGAUGCGGAUGGGGGCAGUGUGAGAAGUGGGGUUACGGGGGAUGGGAGUGAGGGGAUUGGGAGGAGGAGGAGGAGGAGACGGGGCGGAGGGACCGGGCAGGCGUUGAGGGAGUGGGAGGAGAUGGCUUAG